AUGGCAUCCAAGGGACCCGCGCAGUGUUCAAUCUGCUCUGAGCGUUACAAUAGCGAAAACAAAUGUCCUCGGCUGCUGAGAUGUGGACACAGCUUUUGCUCGAGCUGCUUGGAGAGACUACUCCAUGUUAACACCAUUGUUUGUCCCACAUGCAGAAAUCCAGGUGCUGUUCCUACUGGAGUCCAAGGUCUGUUAAAGAAUUUUGCAUUACUUAACAUCGUGAAGAAAGCACCCAAAACCGGAAAUGGAAAUGCAGGCUCGCAAGAUCAGUGUGAAUCUUGCGACAAGAAGCACCCGGCUAUUUUCUACUGCCUUGACUGCAAAGAAAAGAUGUGCGAAACUGCAGCUCAGUUUCAUACUCGCAACAAAGCAAGUUCUGACCAUCGGAUUGUUUCCCUCGAGGAGGUGAAAGCAAAUCCUCAGCUGGCUGCUGUAUCUCUUCACUGUCCAGAGCAUAAGGAUCAAGAAUUCCGCUUUUUCGACCAAGAUUGUGGUCAUGUUAUCUGUAGAGAUUGCCACACCCUUGAUCACGACGGGCACAAGUGUGUAACACUAGCUGAAGCUGCUUCAAAGUUCCGACAAGAGAUGAAAGCACUCGUCACCAAAGCCAGUUCCCAAGCCGAGAAGAUUAAAGCUGCUGAAGCUGAAGUGAUGAAAGUAGCUGCCUUUAUGCAGAGAACUUCCAAUGAACGGUGUGCUGAAAUGCAGGGCUUUUUUAGAGAAGUAAGGCAUUUCUUUGUUAUUUGGUCGAAUGUAGCCUGUUCCAGAACAGGCUAGAUCGGAUGAAAUUUACGCAGCAAGAGUUAUCCUUAGUUAAAACUACCUCUUACAAGUAUUGGCCAGCGUUUUCCCCCGAUCAUCUAGUAAAAAAAUACACUUACCGUGGCAUGCAGAAACCGGUUACUGACCUUUGAACUAGAUAAGUAAGGGUAGCCUUCCUGGCACUUGAAUAACUUUACUAUAGUUUCGUGCCGAAAAUGAUAGAGUGUGUGUGCGUUUUUUAGCUUCAUGCCGCACUAAAUGACCGAGAGUACAUUCUGAUGGAUAGAUUGAACAGCCUUCUUCAAGACAAAGAAUCCAUCCUCACGAAGCAGCUCGGCUGUUUGCAAGAAAACCAAACAUUUUUAAAGAAUGCAGUUCAACAUGCAAAGGCCUCCAUCCAAUCUCCAAGUGAUAUUCAAUUCCUUCUCAGCAGGUCGGAUAUAGUUUCCACGCUCGAGACUAAAGAAAGCUAUUCUCUGGUGCUUGAGCCAGAGGUCCAGUUUUUGCCAGAGUUUGCUAAGGAGGAAAAGGUGAGAUUUCGAUUACUCUAAAUUUAAUUCCAGCAACAAUUGAAGGCCCUUCAACGCAAUUUUGAUUUCCAUCCCGUCUGGAUUUAAAGUUGCGUUCCAAAGGACUCGCAGUUGCUUAGCAUCAACCAAUUUGAGGUGAAUUUCGGCCAGGUAAUUUUUAAUGAUUUUUGUUAACGUUUGUUUGCUGAUCAAUUGGUAGUGCAUGGAGAAAAUAUAUAUGGUUGAUCCUUCCAUCUUUAAGACGGUCCUGAAGCGAAACCACAUAGCAUCCACAUAGCGUCCGGACACUUCUAAGUUACGUAUCUUGAUACGCAUGCGUUGUGUAGUUCCAUACAAAGAGACCACGCUUUGCGCCAAGUGGUCCCUUGCAAGAGGUAAAACACUUUGGAAAGCUAUAAAGCCUUCAGGUUAAAAAAUGCGGUCGCCUUAUGAGAGUUUAAUUAGAGGGCCUUGACUGGGUAAAAUUAAAUUGGUGUUUUGACGUGGUGGUCGCUUAUGGGAGGUGGUCGUACAUGGAGGUUCGAGUGUAUGAAUAUAAGAGCGACGUAUAUCGUUUGUUUUAAAAAAUUUUAUUUUUAUCUGACCGGUGAGUAAGUAACUAUGUUAGUGCAAUUGUCUCUUUUAGUCCUUUUCUGGCAAGGCGAGUUUAAAGGAAGCUAUCCAGAGUGCAGGCGCUAUAAGUGACAGAUCAACCUGUGCAGCCAUGACUUAUGCAUACGGCGAGGGAAUAAGAGGCGCAAACCCUGGAUAUAAGGCGAGCUUCUGGAUUGUUUCUCACGACAGCCAAAAUUGUCAACGCAAACUAGGCGGCGACGUUUACGCGGUGAAGCUCAAAGCAAAGAGGGGAGGACACGAGGUUAAGGUGGAUGUAAGAGACCAAAACGAUGGAGAGUACUUGGCAGAAUAUACUAUCCCUUGCAAUUUAUACCCUUCAGCGUGUGGUCAGUACACAUUGUCUGUGUGCUUGGGUGGCUCUCACAUCAAGGGCAGCCCUUUUGUUGUACGGGUUGUGUCGUCCUGGUGGUAG